AGGAUGUUUAUCGGAGUGAAGAGGAUAGUCGAUAACUUUAAAACUCCUUGCAUUGUUGAUUUGUUGUCAAGUACUGGAAGUAUGUGCUAAUGUCAGUGUCAGUGCUGUAAAAUAAUCGUAGUGGUGUGAAGUCCUGUACAUUUAUUACAAUGGCCAGUGAAGUUGAAGAUACCCUUAAAAGGAUUCAGUCCCAUAAAGGGGUAGUUGGGACGAUUGUAGUGAACGCUGAAGGAAUUCCUAUUAAGACGACAAUGGACAACACAACUACUGUUCAGUAUGCGGGGCUGAUAAGCCAGUUGACAGACAGAGCUCGCAGUGUUGUUAGAGAUUUAGAUCCUACCAAUGAUCUUACUUUUCUUCGGAUACGGUCCAAAAAACACGAAAUAUUGGUAGCGCCAGACAAGGAAUUCAUUCUUAUAGUAGUGCAGAAUCCAACAGAAUGAACUGCAGGCCAAAGUGGUGUAAUCUGGCACAGCGUGUGUUCAUCAGUGAUCGUGAACACAGUUUUAAUCUGUUGCAGAACUUCACUCACAAAUAAUUUACUGGAAUAUAUUCUUGUUGCAUUUGCUGCAACAUGAUACUUAACAUUUUUGCAAGCUUUACUCCUUAUUUAUUGCCAUAUGCUGAUUUUGCAAAAUAAUGGAAAAUGAUUUAUAUGUACUUCUGUAUUCUGUUAGCAUUUUUACUAAUAAAAUAAAUAUCAUGUUACCGUAUA